AGCUGCCAGGCCACGGAAUCCUGGAGCAGAUGGACCGUGACGGAACCUAAAAACCCGCACCACAACCUGGGGGAAAAACCGGGACCGAACUGGGGAAGAAACGAUUAAAACUGGACAAUAACUGUUUGUAUCGGAGCUUUUAUCCGAUGUGAAUGCGCUUAAGUGGCCGGGCCUUUAACCCCAAAAUGGCCGACACCGAAGUCUCCUUAUCCCCUGGUCUCCGACCGCUCCACAGUAGCCCCGCUCACUCUGCCCAGCCACCUCCACCACCCUCCUCCUCUUCUCCCACUACUUUCUCUUGUCCUUCCUCACCCUCCAGUGCCUCUUCCUCCUCCUCUUCUUCUUCCUCUUCCUGCUCUGAGAGCUCCUCAGAUUGCCCCAACCACCGUCAUCAUCAUCACCACCACCACCAUCAUCCACGUCCUCAACUCCAGCUGCCCCCGCCUUCCCUCAGCGAGCAGCCGUCCUCUCCCAGCGCCAGCCCUCGCAGCUCCAGCCCCAGCGGGAGCAUUGGCAGCACCGGCAGCCUCGGCAGCAGCAGCGAAGGCAUCGGCAGCAGCGGCAUGUCGAGUGGCGGCGACCAGCGAGGUCCCAGUCCCCUGCUGGACGUCAUCUCAGAGGACGCCAUGGAGAUGGACUUAGGCGUUGACCAAGUAAUUGAUCCAGAAGUGGCUCUCAAGGCUUGUCAGGAAGUGCUUCUUAAAGUGAAGCUGCUCGACAACAAGCAGCAACAACAGUAUGUGGAGACGACAGAGUGCUGCAGUCCACAGUGGCACAACAACCCUGACACAAGCUCCAUCAAAGAGGAGGAAGAGAAUGAGGACGAAGGACAAAAGGAUGCCCCUACUACCCAGAAGGAAAUCCCUCCGGCAGCACCGUCAGAGGCUCCUUCGCCACCGGCUUCCAAGCAGUCGUGGCUGCUGCGCCUGUUUGAAUCCAAGCUUUUUGACGUUUCCAUGGCGAUCUCUUACCUGUACAAGUCAAAGGAGCCGGGGGUGCAGGCGUACAUCGGGAACCGCCUUUUCAGCUUCCCGGACGGUGAGGUGGACUUCUACCUGCCGCAGCUCCUGAACAUGUACGUGCACAUGGACACCGAGGUGGGAGACGCCAUCAGACCUUACCUGAUCCAUCGCUGCAGAUCCAGCAUCACCUUCUCUCUGCUGUCAGCCUGGCUUCUUGGCGCCUACUCCUCCGACAUGCACAUCUCCACGCAGCGCCACUCCAGAGGCACCAAACUCAGAAAGCUCAUCUUGUCAGAUGACCUCAAGCCUCGCUCAGAAGAACCUCGAUCCGUUUCAGGAUCUGUUUCCGACAGCCCGCUGUCCUCACCUCCUCAUCGGCACCGCAGGCACAACAGCAGCUGUGUGGAUGCCUGCACCUCCCCUUCCUUUGUUGCCGGCACCACCCCAGACAGCCCCGACCAGGGGGAGGUGUUUGUUUCUCCAGCCAAGAAGACCCACCAGAGAUCCAAGUCGGAUGCCACCUUGGCAAGCGGUCUCCCCGGCGCCGGUCUCAGACGAACAGGGAGCAACCCAAAGGUGGAGGCAGUCCAUGAGGAGCCGGAGCGUCUCCGUCCUCAGAGGGAGUUUGUUAAGUCUCUGUUCUGCAUCGGGAAGCAUUUGGCUACGCUGCCAACCAAAGAGCAGAAGACCCAGCGCCUGAUCUCAGAGCUGUCUCUGCUCAACCACAAGCUGCCGGCUCGGGUUUGGUUGCCGACCGCCGAGCACCAACACCAUGUCUGCAGGGUCCCCCACACCCAAGCUGUGGUGCUCAACUCCAAGGACAAGGCUCCGUACAUUAUUUACGUUGAGGUGCUGGAGUGCAACAGCUUUGAGACGUCUCCUGUUCCCACACGAAUCCCUGAGACCCGGAUCCGCUCGGCACGCUCUGCAGAGAACCUGGACUGCGGCACACCGGCUAACGGCAGCAUCAUGACGUCGGAACACAGAGCGGGAAGUUUCUCCACCGUCCCGAACUACGACAACGAUGACGAGGCCUGGGCCACAGACGAUAUCGGACAGCUGCAGGUGGAGGGGGAGGCUCAGACCAGCAGCAGUGACAACAUCAGCCAGUUUUCAGUUGACAGCAUCACAAGCCUGGAGAGCAAAGAGCCAGUGUUCAUCGCUGCUGGAGACAUCAGACGCCGUCUGUCGGAGAACCUCGCUCAGACACCCACCACCUUCAGGAGAGACCCAGAGGACCCGUCAGCCGUCGCCCUCAAAGAACCCUGGGAGGAGAAAGUCAGGCGGAUUAGAGAAGGCUCUCCUUACGGUCACUUACCCAACUGGAGGCUCCUAUCGGUCAUCGUGAAGUGUGGAGACGAUCUGAGACAGGAGCUGCUGGCCUAUCAGUUCCUCAAACAGCUCCAGUCAAUCUGGCAGCAGGAGAGGGUUCCUCUAUGGAUCAAGCCUUAUAAGAUCCUGGUGAUGUCCUCAGACAGCGGGAUGAUCGAGCCAGUCCUCAACGCCGUCUCUCUGCACCAGGUGAGAAAACAGAGUCAGCUGUCACUGCUGGACUACUUCCUGCAGGAACACGGCAGCUUCACCACUGAAGCGUUCCUCACAGCUCAGAGGAACUUUGUUCAGAGCUGCGCUGGAUACAGCCUCAUUUGUUACCUGCUGCAGGUCAAGGACAGACACAAUGGGAACAUCCUGUUGGACUCUGAAGGCCACAUCAUCCACAUCGACUUCGGCUUCAUUCUCUCCAGCUCUCCACGUAACCUCGGCUUUGAGACAUCAGCGUUCAAACUCACCUCAGAGUUUGUAGAUGUGAUGGGCGGCCUCGAUGGAGACAUGUUUAUUUACUACAAGAUGCUGAUGCUGCAGGGUCUGAUUGCAGCUAGAAAGCACAUGGAGAAAGUGAUGCAGAUAGUCGAGAUCAUGCAGCAAGGUUCCCACUUGCCCUGUUUCCACGGCUCCAGCACCAUCCGGGGCCUGAAGGAGCGUUUCCACAUGUCUCUGACGGAGGAGCAGCUCCAGCUGCUGGUGGAGCAGCUGGUGGAUGGAUCCAUGCGCUCCAUUACCACAAAACUCUACGACUCCUUCCAGUACGUCACCAACGGGAUCAUGUGACCUGUGACACGACUUCUUGAGAUGGUUGAGCGUCAGGAGAUAAUGUGGUACCGACUGGAUUUACUGGAUUUGAAUUUUGUGAUUCUUUUGGAAUCUUAUGGAUCAGAUCUGGGAAAAAGCAGAAUCGGGAUCAUUUUCAGAUCGCAAACACUAAACGGGAUGGGGGUAUCAGAUAUGCGUUUACUGUGCUGCUGCUGCCAGAUGGCUGGAAUAAUCUUGGACCUAAACCACUUCUACUGGGCUCUACUCUGAACCAGCACCCACAAGCUGCUGGUUUUGUUCUCUGGAUCAGUUUAGGGCUUUAAAGCUGUUGCUGUGAAACAAUUUAAUGGAGACAGAAAUGACCAUUUCAUUAUGAAGGAUUUAGUCAUUUAUUUUCAGGAACUUUCUCGAUCUUCAUAGUGCAGUAUGACAGGACUGUCAUUUUCUCCAGUUUUGACUGCUUAAAUGACAACAUGAUUAAUCAGUUAUUUACUAAACUCAUCCGCAGACGAGUUUGUGAGAUUUAUGACUGAAAGGUUGAUCUGUUUGUUCACAAUCUGAAUGACUAAUCUUCUGAUCUGGAAAUGCAUCAAGUGCUUUACAACAUACCACAUCUAUCAGUAAUAUCAACAGAUUUCCUAGCUGGAAAACAGAACAACUUGGUUCAAAUAAAUUUUUUAGCCUUAAAUGAUCAGAAGCCGUCAAAAAGGCCCCAGAAAUGUCCAACAGAGCCAACGUUUGUGGUGCAGUUUGUAAUAUUCUGCAAGAAAUUAUAUCAACCAGCUGUUCUCUGAUAAACCCUCUGGAAUGAAUUAAUAACUCUAACUGCACAAGAGUAAUAAAACAAAAAAAAUUUCUAGAGGUUUAUUCAUGUGGACAGUCUGACCUCUUCAAACCCAAAAAACACUUGCAAGACUAGUUCAACCCGACUGGGCAGCAAACACCAGCAAGAACGUUUGUGGCAUCUUCUAAACGACCGAGGACAUUAAUCGGUAUUUGAGGUUGUUCUUAAAGAACAGGAACAUUAAUGGGCAAAAGCACAUCCUGGGCUGAGGGUUGUUGUUAUUUCUGCAUCUGUUCUCUGGAUAAGCAGAGGAAAAUGCUUAGAGAUAGAAAAGAGACUUUAAUAUGUUUUCUUUUGCUUGGUGUGUGGGAAUAGUUUUGUCUCAGCUGGAUUCCUCACAAUGGUAUUUAUUUCACCAGACAGAUAUCACAGCUGCAAAAUCUGCUGCUGAUUCCUGCAACAGUGAAGGGAAAGUCUUCACCAGCUUAACAUAAGAGAUAUGAGACUUCUAAACCAGUAACUGAAUCGUUUAUCAUUCUUCAAUGCCAAAUAUUUAAAAAAAAAAAGUAUUUAAUUGCAAAUAAAGAAUCGUAUUUAAACCUAAAACGGGUGGUGACGGUGCAGAAAAGAUGGACAUGGUCUACCUAACUGAAAAGUGAAGCCAACGUAGAAACAUUUUUAAAACUGUAUUUUAUUGAAGGACCAACAGGGGGCGACACUUGACGUGGGAAUGGAGUUUUUUAACGAGGAGAAGGUUUUGUUAUGACUUUAAGGGGCUAAAUCAAUAGCAAAGGGAUGUUCAAACUAAAUGUUUAAUUCAUUUUGAGUUAAAAAAUCAGUAUUGGCUUCAGGAUAAAGCUGAUAAUGUGUUUUUAGGUUAAGGAAUAAUUCCUUUAAUAAUUAACGCAAUGCAUUGCUAGCUUUGUAGAUGUGAUUACUGUCUGGUGCAAAAACUUUCAUUGUUUGUUAGUUGUUGGUCUGAAUCAUAUUUCAGAUGGAAAAUUGUCAGAUUUUUUUGGGUUUUUUGUUUUGCACAUG